GGAAUCCUGGAGGGUAGGGUCAGGGAGAUGGGCCCCCUUUCGGACUUGCCUUAGGGCCUUUCUGUGUGAGCCCCUCUGUCCGGGGGUGGGAAGGUUGUUUGCAGGUUUGGGGCAGGAGGCUCAAGCACUUCCCCUUCUCCUCACAAGAAACUGUGUGAGGGGCUGCUUUCUCCUGAAACUCUCAGGAACCCCCUUGUGGGCUUGAGUCAGCGACCCCAGCGUGAUGGCAACCAGAGUGCCUACCCACACCUGCCCCGUUGUCUGCCUGGCUGCCACCAUACGCAGUGGUCCCUGCAUCCCGGCUCUCUUUUAGGCAGACAGACAUGGCAGAGUUCUCCCAGAAACCGGGGAAGCGGCAUGAUGACGACGUGUGGGGCAGUGCUGUGAACUUCCUCCUGGCCAAUGCCCGCCUGGUGCUGGGUGUGGGCGGGGCUGCCGUGCUGGGUAUUGCCACCCUGGCUGUGAAGCGGCUCAUUGACAGGGCUGCCAGCUCUCAGGAUGAGAAUGACACCAAGGCGGAGUCCACGUGCCUGGAGGACAGCUGGAAGGAACUGAGCCUGCUCAAGGCCACACCACGCCUACAGUCCCACUCCUCACCUGCUGCCCUCAGCCAGCCUGUGCUGCUCCCAGGCCCCUCACUCUUUGCCCCAGAGGGGCCUGCAGAUGCUGACCCUCAGCCGUCUCCUCAGCUUACCUCCCCAGGACCAUUGUGCCUGACUUUCCAGGAGAAGCUGUUGGCGUUCGAGCGAGACCACGUGAGCAUCCCAGUGUCUCAUGUGGCUCUGGCCAAACAGUUGGCUGGAGACAUUGCCCUGGAGCUGCAGGCCUACUUGCGGACCAAGUUCCCGGAACUGCCCUUUGGGGCGCUUGUGCCCGGGGGGCCACUUUAUGAUGGCCUGCAGGCAGGGGCUGCUGACCACGUGCGUCUCCUGUUACCCCUGGUGCUGGAGCCAGGCCUGUGGAGCCUGGUGCCUGGCACGGACACUGUGGCCAGGGACCCUCGCUGCUGGGCUGUGCGCAGGACUCAGCUUGAAUUCUGUUCCCGUGGAAGCAGCCCCUGGGACCGCUUCCUGGUGGGUGGCUAUCUCUCUUCCCGUGUCCUGCUGGAACUGUUUCGCAAGGCACUGGCCACCUCUGUCAACUGGCCAGCUAUCGGCAGCCUUCUCGGGUGCUUAAUCCGGCCCAGCGUGGCCUCGGAGGAGCUGCUGCUUGAGGUGCAGCAUGAGUGUCUGGACCUCACUGUUGCUGUGCUCCUGGCCAUCACUGGCACUGACACUGAAGACCUUCUCCUUCUGGCCUGGCCCCUGGAGGGGCUGGCUGGGAACUUCUGGCUGCAGGAUUUGUAUCCGGCAGAGGCCGCCAGGCUGCGAGCUCUGGAUGACCGUGAUGUUGGGACCCGCCGGCGGCUGCUGUUGCUACUGAGUAGUGUCUGCCGAGUCCAUCCAGCCCUGAGGCAGCUGAGCCGGGGCCACCUGACCCAGGUGGUUCUACGUCUGGGAGAGGAGGAGGUGGACUGGGCUGAGGAGUCCUUGGAGAAACGCUUCCUGCAGGCUGUGGAGCUGCUCGUGGGCAGCCUGGAGCAGGCCAGCCUACCCUGCCAUUUCAACCCCGAUGUGAACCUCUUUGACAGCCUGCGCAAGGAGGAGAUUGAUGACAUUGGCUAUGCGCUGUACCUCGGCCUGCAGGCCCCUGAGGGGCUGCUGUAGAUGGUGGGACGGGGCAGGCAGCAUGUGUUCCAGUGCUGGUGAGCUGCAUAUGCCUCCCAGGGAUUUGGAGAGGACGCUUUCUCUUGCUUUUAGCCAGGAUAAAAGGGUGCAUUACCUAAGCCCACGGGGUUAGCAUAUGCAUAGGCAAGUCGCUGGACCCUCUGAGCCCAGAGAGCUUGGAUUGCUGUCACCUGAGCAGGGCUGCAGUGCCUGUCAAGCAGCCUGGAAUGGCAGCCACUCACACAUACUCCCUAAGUCCUCUGGGCAGACCCCAGGACCUUGGGCUUGUUCCAUCACCACCAGCAGUGAAUCCACUGACAGAAAAUGGCUUCUGCAUUCCUGGGCGGGAUAAGGCCAGCACUAUGCCAGCUGUUUUUCUGUUGAGGGUGAGUUGGUGUUUUCCUCAGGUCCCAGCUCCCGGCAUCUCUAGGCUUCUGGUAUUUAACAGGAUGGUAAAUACCAUGUGUUUGCUCAUCCCCCCUGGGCCAGUGUCACCUGGUACCUGCUGAAUGCAGCUUUUUGGCUGACUUGAAAGCUGGUGUUUUCCGAUGUCAUCGGUGAUUGAGCUUGCUUGUUGAGCUCUCCCCUCCAGCCUGGAAUGGGGGCUUAGCCUGGUGUGUUGCACACCUCACAUCUCUGGGGAAGGGCCUUUUCCCUCCAUCAGGAGUUUUCUCUUUGGGCAAUGGAGAGCCCCUUCCCCACUGGGGAAGCCGAGGCUCUGUGCUGCCUGCCUUGCCCAGAGCCAAGGGUGCCCCGCUAGGUGGUACUGGGCCCUACUAGAGAGCACAGGCCCUACUAGAGUGCAGGUUGGCUUCCGCAGUGCCCACAUGACAGCUCUCAGCUGACUCAAGCCUGGCAGGGAUGGGGGACAGGAAAGGGAGGGCCCACCUCCCCUCCAGGGGGUCCUCCUAUCUUGGGUAUCCUUCCUGCUGAAGCAGAGCUAUGCCUCAGAGAAUGUGAAUGAGAAUAAAAGAAAAAACAAGCAUUUGUGUGAUUCA